AUGAGUUCCUUGCUAGGAACCCCCCCCCCGUUCUGGCUCACUCUUUACCACCUAGUCACCCGCCUCCCUGACUCUCUGCGUGCAGUCAGGGAUCACUUCCUAGCUCGCUGCCCCACUGAGCUCACCAUUGCCCUCCUCGAGAAGGAACUCCUUGCAGCUGAGGCUAGCAUAGUCGCUGUAGGUGCCUCUCGUGGCGACCCCCGCACCCCUUUCUUUGAGGGGUGUUCCCCUUCCCCCCUUCUUCCCUCUGUAGCCUCUGCUUCUGCUGUCGACCUCCUUGGUGCUGAGAAGGUCGGGACUGCGUCCACUUCCAGUUGGCGCCGCAGGGGCAAAGGGGGCAAGGGAGGCGGAGGUGACGGCGGGGGAGGCGGUGGUGGAGGUGGUGGCGACGGUGGGGGUGGUGGUGGGCUGGAGGGACUGGUGGCAGCGGUGGGGGUGGUGGCGGCAGCGGCGGGGGCGGUGGCAGGGGCGGGGGCGGCGGUGGGGGCGGAGGUGGUCGCGGAGGCGGCAGGGCAGGGGGUGGUCGAGGAGGUGGCGGCGGCGGUGGUGGUCGUGGAGGCGCUGGCAGUGGCCAGAGUCAGCAGCACACUCCGUCACCCCAGGAGGCCCGUGAGUGGUACUUUCAGAACGGGGGGGGGGGGGGGUGGACUUAGCUGCACGUACGUCAUCCGCACUGGUGACCGCACUGGUCAGACGUGUGGGAGGCCGCACCCCACGCAGCGCUGCUUCUCUCGCCUCGAUGACGCCUGGCGUACUCAGUUCCCUGAUGCCACUGAGCUGCCCCGCUGGUUUGAUCUGAUGAAGAAGGGAGUUGAUAUCUAUGCUCUAGACUUUGAUGCUAUUCUCACUGCCAUGUAUGUGAUGUCUACUAGUGGAGAGGGUGCUCAGUACCUGUGUGUUCCGCCCGACCCGGGCAUUCGGACCAGUGAGGCUGCUGCUCUAGGUGCUAGUGAGACUGCCACUCCAGUCGACUGCGGCACUGCACACCUUCACACUUGA